UUAAGAUAAUGCUUCUCUAAAUAAGAUAACCUUUGCUAAAUUGGUAUCACUCCUUAUAUAAGUUUAACUUGAAGAUGAUAAUGCAGAGAUCAAAUCAUAAAAUGAAUACAAUAGUAUUUAUCAUCGUAUCGUUCGCUAUAGCGACGGAAUCAUUAAGUUAUGAUACUCCCGAAUUUACUUGUUCGAUGAAAGGUCGUUUUAUUGAUGAAACAGACCCAGAAUGUAAAAGAUAUUUUCUUUGCUCCCAAAAGAAAAACGGAGUAUGGGUGAAAACCGCUUACAAUUGCCCGGAAACUGCAAACUUUGACCCGGAUUUGGGUUAUUGUACAAGCACCGCUCUAUGUGCAUUUUCAACAACAACAAGUACAAAAGUUACAGAAGUUACCGAAACUACAGAAGUUACAGAUCUUACAACAACGUCAAACUGGGAGACUACUGAAAUAACUGUCACCACAAUGCAGCCUUCAAAUACAAAUUACACUUGCGAGAAAGAAGGACGUUAUCCAGACAAGACUGCAUGUGAUUGUGGAUGGUUUUAUGAUUGUAAAUAUUAUCAACAACAAUUAGUCAGCACGCGCCUUUAUUGUCCUCCAAAUACAAAAUUUGAUCCAGAAUUAUCGGUUUGUAGUCCAAACUAUCAUUGCAUAGAAGAAUUCGUCUGUAAAGAAGAAGGCAAUUUCCUAGAUAUACUUAACCCAAGUAAUAACACUUAUUACACGUGUGAGCAAAUGGAAGAUGGAAGUUUCUUGCAAACGCAUUACAACUGUCUUCCUAAUAUGGUGUUUAAUGAAACGCUGGAAAUAUGUGUUGAUGCAAUAACAUCAACAACACCUAAUGACGAUUUAACCACAGAUUCCAUUCUUAGUACGACUACGGAUUUAUCACCGCCAUCAAAACCGUUUAAUUGCACCGACUCGGGACGUUUUGGUGAUCCGAAUGACCUAAACUGUAAAGAGUAUUACUUAUGCGUAGACCUUCAGGCUUUCCACUACACUUGUCCAAUCGAUAUGAAUUUUAAUCCGCAUGUACAAGAAUGCCAGACGGAUUACAAAUGCCCAAUCGAAACUGUCACAGAAAAAUGGGAGUCAACUUUUCAUUGUCAAAAGCGUGGAUAUUUUAAGAACAGCAACGACUCUUCGAUGAAAUCGUAUUUUUUCUGUGAUGUUUUGGGAGAUGGGAAAAUUUAUCAAUAUGAACUUAUGUGUCCAGUUGCGUAUAGUUUUGAUGAAACUACAAACUUAUGUAAUAUGUAAUCAUUAUACUUGCUAUAAAUUCACUUAAUAUACAUUUAUUAUUCAA